AACAUAAACUCAGAAAGAAAAAGCCAUAGAAGAGUAAGCAUGGAAACAUUCUUCAAGGUGUACUUGGUAGUUAUUUUAGCUGUUUUAGCACAGUGUGAUCUGACAGGUAACAGAGAAAGUCCUCUUCUGGGAAAUUGGCUUGCUAUAGAUGAAGACAAUGAAGAGGUUCAGAAAGCGCUGCAGUUUGCUGUAACUAAAUACAACAAAGAAAGUAAUGGAGAGUUUAUGAAAGUCAACUGGAUAAUUUCGGCUCUGCAAAAGGUGGUGGCUGGAAUGAGAUAUAAAUUGAGAGUGGCUGCUUCCAUCUAUAAAUGUACAGUCUCUGGUUCUGAAAAUUGCAAAAAUCUCAAAAAUUCCAAACCAAAGAAAAAAGAGUGCGUAUUUCAAGUUUACACAGUUGCAUGGAAGAACUUGAUGGAGGUGACCAGGUCACGUUGCUUUAGCAGAAAGUGAAGAUUUGAAUUACCUUCCAAAAUAAUCAAUAUAAAUGUAUUUCUUGUAGAAUACAGCGUAAAUUGUAUCCACAUAUACUGUUUCUAGGCACGGGAGUUAUAAAAACUGUCACAAACACCCCUUUUUAAGGCUUGUCAAAUUAAACUGGGCACAAUGCAACAAAACAAAAAAAGAAAAGCACCACUCAAUUUGAAAUUUUAAUAAACACUCAGUGAAUAAAAGUACUUGAUUUGAUACAAUGAAAGUCGCACAGUAAUAGGAAAAGUGGCUAUUGUUAUUUUUCCUGAUUGCGCAGAAUAAUUCGGGACACGUGUUUGUGUAUACUUACACUGAAUGAUUGUACAAAAAUCACAAAGAUGGAAUCAAACGAGAACAAGAGAUAAUU